UUUGCUAUUUCCACUAUAGCCGGGCAGGGGCCGCUGCAGUUGUCUGUGCAGUUGGGCGGGUGGGAUAGCGUGCGGGAGACGUUUAGGCUUUCCCCUCCCGGGUUGGCCGCGCGGUGGGUGCCCCGCCUGCCAUGGCCGCCGGUGAAGGGAGCGAUGAGGAGGCGCGGGUGCUGCAGACUCUCCGCUUGAAGAUUUGUGAAGCCAAAAACUUAGUGCCAUACUCUGGACCAAACAAGAUGAGAGACUGUUUUUGUACAAUCAAUCUAGAUCAAGAAGAGGUUUUUCGCACUCAGGUAGUAGAGAAAUCGUUAAGCCCCUUUUUUGGAGAAGAGUUCUACUUUGAGAUACCAAGGACAUUCCAGUUCUUAUCAUUCUAUAUUUAUGACAAAAGUGUUAUACAGAGGGACCUACGAAUAGGAAAAGUUGCUAUUAAAAAAGAAGACUUAAGCAGAUAUGCUGGCAAAGAACCAUGGUUCGUUCUUCAGCCUGUUGAUUCUAACUCAGAGGUUCAGGGAAAAGUUCAUCUUGAAUUAAAACUGAAUGAACUGAUUACAGAUAAUGGAUCAGUCUGCCAACAACUAGUAGUACAUUUGAAGGAAUGUCAUGGGCUGCCUCUCAUCAAUGGACAGAAUUGUGACCCUUAUGCUACAGUGUCUGUUGUGGGGCCUUCAAGGAAUGACCAAAAGAAGACAAAAGUAAAGAAGAAGACAAGCAACCCACAAUUUAAUGAAACGUUUUAUUUUGAGGUAACCAGGUCCAGUAGUUACACCAAAAAGUCACAGUUUCAGGUGGAAGAAGAAGAUAUUGAGAAGCUGGAAGUCAGGUACAUUCUUAAGGUUGAUUUAUGGAACAAUGGGAACUUGGUGCAAGAUCUUUUUCUAGGAGAAGUUAAGAUUCCUGUCAAGACGUUGGGAAGUGAAUCCUUCCAAGCUUGGUACCUUCUACAACCAAGAGAUAAUGGAAAUAAGUCUUCUAAAAGUGAAGAUCUUGGGUCACUUAGACUGAGUAUAUGUUACAGUGAAGACUGCGUGCUUCCAUCUGAGUAUUAUGCCCCCCUCAGGAACUUGCUGCUAAAGUCAACAGAAGUUGAGCCAGUAUCUGCUUCUGCUGCUUACAUUUUGGCUGAAGUGUGUCGUGAUAAAUAUGAUACCAUUAUACCUCUUGUACGAUUGUUGCUUCAUCAUCAUAAACUAGUACAGUUUAUCACUGCAAUGGCAGAAUUAGAACUGAAGGACACCCAAGAAGCUAAUACGAUCUUCAGAGGAAAUUCUUCAGUUACUCGAUGCCUGGAUGAGAUGAUGAAAAUAGUGGGAAAGCACUACCUGAAAGUUACCUUAAAACCAGUUCUAGAUGAGAUAUGUGAGAAUCCAAAGCCUUGUGAAAUUGAUCCCUUGAAAUUGAGAGAAGCUGAAAAUGCUGAAAUUCACAAGGAAAACUUACGCAAUUAUGUCGACAAAGUAUUCAGUACAAUUGUACAGUCAAGUAUAAGUUGCCCUACAUUAAUGUGUGAUGUAUUCUGCUCUCUGAGAAGUUUGGCUGCUGAAAGAUUCCGCAAUGACCCUCAUGUACAGUAUUCUGCAGUGAGCAGCUUUGUGUUUCUUCGUUUCUUUGCUGUAGCUGUAGUAUCGCCUCAUACUUUCCAUUUACGACCUCACCAUCCAGAUGCACAGACAUCUAGAACGUUAACCCUCAUAUCAAAAGCCAUCCAAACACUGGGAAGCUGGGGAAGUUUGUCCAAAAGCAAACUAUCAAGCUUCAAGGAGACAUUUAUGUGCGAUUUUUUCAAAAUGUUUCAGGAAGAGGAAUAUACUGAAGCUGUCAAAAAGUUUUUAGAUGAAGUAUCAUCUACAGAAAGUAAAGAGCCAAAUGUCAUGAGUGAGCCAGUGCAUCUAAAAGAAGGGGAUAUGUACAAAAGAGCACAAGGAAGAACUCGUAUUGGGAAAAAAAAUUUCAAGAAACGCUGGUUCUGUCUUACGAGUAGAGAGCUCACAUAUCAUAAGCAACAAGAUAAGGAACCAAUUUACAGUGUUCCAGUUCGAAACAUUCUUGCAGUGGAAAAACUUGAUGAGAGCUCCUUUAACAAGAAAAACAUGUUUCAAGUGAUGCAUGUUGAAAAAACACUUUAUGUGCAAGCAAAUAAUUGUGUGGAAGCUAGUGAGUGGAUUGAAGCUCUCUGCCGGGUAAGCAGAUGCAACCAAAGGAGACUAAGUGUUUACCAUCCCUCUGCUUUCUUGAAUGGGAACUGGCUUUGCUGUAAGGCCACAUCAGAGAACACAGUGGGUUGUACACCAUGCACUGCAGGUGCACCUGCUGAUAUUCAGAUAGAGAUUGAUGGAGAUAGAGAAACUGAGAGAAUCUACUCACUUUUUGCUGUCAACAUGCCAAAGCUGCAAAAGAUGCAAGAGGCUUGUGGAAGCAUAGCAGUGUAUCAGGGUCCACGGAAAGAACCAGAUGACUAUUCUCAUUUCACAAUUGAGGAUUCCGUAGCAACUUUUCAGACACUUCAGCAAAUUAUAUCUAUAGUAGAAAAGUUGUCUGAACAUCAUGACAGAUAUCAGAAGAAAAGAUCAUCUAGUGCUAAAUAUGGCAGUGAAGAAAAUCCAAUUGUUGGAAAAAUUUCCUAACCAAAGACAAACUGCAGCAGUUGAGUUUGGAUGAAACUGGAAUAAUUUUCACUUUGUCAAAAUCCUGGUUUUAUACUAAUUUUGGAGUAUUUCAGAAUGUAUAUUGGAAAUUAGCUGUGUUCGAUCUAUUUAAUAUUUAAUAAGGAAAGACCAACUUGGGAAUCUGAUUCUGGUUUUGGGAGCGAUUUUCUAUACUGCUCAAAGAACAAAGUUUCAGAAGAUGCAAGUAAUCAUGGACUUUCUACACUUCAAAGGAGCUGUCUAAAGGAAUAAGCUUUUUAGAAGAGAGGAAAAUAACUACUAUCAUGGAAGGGAUUGUAUAUCUGCCAAAUACAUCAUUGUUUAAUUAAUGAAACAUCAGUACCUGUUCAGCAGAUGGCUCUUGGCAUCAAGAAUCCCAAGAGAUGAUAAAGGAUCCAAAGCUUUAUAUUCAACGCACAGCCACUUUUAAAACUGCCCUAUCUUAUUCUGCUGAUCUAUAGGAGACAUGUUAAAAAAGAAAAUGGUGGUACUUUUAAAUGUGCAUUGACAAUUUAGCAAUGUUUUAUUUAAGAGAUAUUACUGAAACAGGACAAGUCAGGGACUCUCCAUCUUGUUUACAGUUGGGGUAAGCAGUGAAAGGAGUGACAUGGGAUCAUUGUCUACAUCUUUGUCUUGAUAAAUACCAGCUAUGAAUUAUUUUUUUAGCUAUCAGGGCUUAUCUGGAGGAACAAGAUUUCAGGGUAUUGGGGAAAUAUUACUAAAUACUACAUGGCAUCCUCCUACUUAAAAUUUAAAAACAGCCCUAAAGACUGGUGUUAAACAUCAGACAUGAGUUGCAUUUAAUUGCAAAUAGUUGCUUUUGAGAAACACUCCAAGCACUUUAGAUAUCUGGAUAGCUCCAGAUUAUAUUUCUAGAUACUUUGUAGUAUCUAAAUAUUAUGAUCAGUUGAAUGAUCGUUGUUGUGGCUUAAAAUGAUGCUUUUUGUGAACUUUUUUAUAUCUAGUUUUUUACUUGUUAGGUGAAGUUUGGAACUCAACUUUGCCUUUAGGAUAUCUUAAUCUUGCCUUCUUGAUCUGUGUCUUGCCAUAGGCUGAUAAAAAUGUCUAUGUAAUAAACAAGCUACCACAUGAGAGAAGAAAGGCUAACCUUCCAUUUGUCAGUAUUAUUGAUUAUGGUACUAGAAACCCCAUUUUGGGAGCAACUUGCUGAGCACUAUUAGAAUAGAUAUAUUUCCAGUGAAGACAUGGCCAUAGUAUUUGUAGAUUUCCUCUUUUCUUUUUUACUUUUUAAAAACAGUUACUGUUACUUGCGCAAAUUUUAACUAAUGUUGUUUGAUACAAUUCUGGUAUAAUAGCUAGAAGAUAUCAGCUGCUUAAAAUAUUAUUCAUUACUGGUAGUAUGGCAUUGCCGAACAAAUUGCAGGGAUGUCACCAAAGGAUCAAAAUACCUGAUCCAGAAGCUUUCUGCACCAGCAAAUAAAAGCUUAUGAUCCUUUGAGCUACUUUAUAUAUGCUCAUGAAGUUGCAUGCACCUGGUGGGAGAUUUAUUUAUUUUUUUAAGAGCUAAUCUUGCCUUUUCAGACAUAGCUUGUCAUGUACUAGCCCCAUUGGGCACAUGGAAUCUAUGGCUCAUGGGUUUACAGUAGAUAGUAUGGAACCAGAGGGAAUUGACAACAUGAAUGAUAUAGUGGUUGUGCAAUGAUAACAGUAGAAAUAGAAGACCAAUGAAAUUAAAUAAUAUCUGGAAGGUCUAGAUUAAAAUGGAUAUUAUGUGGGAUCCAGAUGUGAUGUGUGGUUUGUGCAAAGGAGGCUUAUAGAUAGCUGAUGGUGUUCUCCAACUGACUAUAUUGGAUAAUAAUCUUCCCAUGCUGUUUACUCAGAAAAAGCGGGUGGUUUUAGCCAAAGCAACAUACUGCUAGUCAUCAUUGUGGCUUCUGUGCAGUUCCACAUGGGACUGUGCAUGCACACAGGUCUGCCAUUGUGGUUUUAUUCAGAAGCUGCUCUAGUGUUUUAAAUUAAAAUGUUAUUCAAAAUACUGAAAAAUUAUCCACUGAAAAGUGUUUGUAUAAGACAGAGAUAAUGACUGCAGCCAUUUUUAAUAGGAAUAUCUUGCUAAAUGGAGAAAAUACUAAAUAUUUGAACAUUGGCUGUUUAUCACAAUGUGAUUGAUUGCAGUACUAAUGGGAUCAAAUGAUCAUUUGUCCUUGUUUUAUUGUGUCUAAGUCAGACACUUGUCCAUCUGAUUAGCUGUAUUCCAAAAUGUGAUCAGCAAUAUUUGAAUGAUUUGAUAACAUCUUUGAUACAAGAGCAACACCAUUGAAGAUCUGAAAUUUCUUACUGAUUAUGUUCAGCAUCAUAAAUAGUGGAAUAUGAUUAUGUAGAAAUACAUCAUAUGAUGUUCAGUUUUAGGAAUUAAAAUGUCACUUAUUUAGGCUUCUAACAGAAGAGGACCAUUUUGCACAAUGCAAAAAGGAAGCCAAGGUUUGUUAUGAAAUGUUCCUUUAACAAGGAAUUUCAGCAAGUCACAGCUGCCUGACAGGUAUACAUGCAUGAGAUGUCUUUACCAGCAUGUUGCUUGCAUUCACAUUCUUUGGAUGUAAACCCAAUCAUGCAAUGUGUGAAGUGAUACUUUGUGGCAGUCUAUAAGAACAUAGUAAAAUAGUAUUCUAAUUGAAGUUUCAGCCUUGGGAAUCAUACAUUAAAAAGUAUCAUGCUGCUAUUUUGUUAACAGGCCCCGAUAACUUUUUUGAAAAUUUUAUUUAAUGAAUUACAGUCAGCUCUACCAGUAAUGUUUUAUGAAAUGCACAUGCUUUAGUAAACCUAGCAAAGCAUUAAAUGGCUCUUCUGUAUUUGGCAGACUGCAAAAGGGAAACUUGCAUAAACAGCAAUGGGUCAGGCAUCUGUGGUUCUUCAUAUUAAGGCAUCUUAAAACAGAUGAAGUGACUAGCAGCCUUCAGAGCUAUUCAGUGUUCACAGUUUUACAAUUCUGGUCUUAAGGAUUCUGAGUAUACUCUUGGAAUUCAACUAUUUAUUAGCCUCCUCUAGUCAUAUUGGUGCCAAUAUCAUGCAUUACUUUUUGACAUACAUAUAUAAUAGGCCUUUUAUGUUCAAUUAAUAUCCAUUUGUAACUUUUAGAGUUUGGUAUGUUUGUACUGUGGUGUUGCAAAGUCACUGGCAUUCAGAUCUAAUAUUUGACGAAGUGGGUUUUACCCCACGAAACCUUAAUGCCACAAUAAAUGUUAGUCUUUAAGUUGCCACAU